AUAAAAGCUGCUCCAACUGCUACGGAGCUGUGUCUGGUUAAUAUGAAAGUGAGAAAGAGCUAACAGAUUUUAAAAAGUCCGCAUAAUAACAAACCCUGUACUUGAAGCUCCACCAUUAUCAAAUCUCUUCCUUAACUAAUUUUCCCUUUUGACCAUUUUUCGCUUUUAUUGUUCGUAUUCUAUACAUCUCCAUUAAUUUCCCACCAAAUCCUCUCUCUCUUCCUCUCAAAGCUUACAAAAGAAAGAGUAAAAAAUAAUUAAUUAAAAAAGAAAAAGAAAGAGUCAGCAAAUUAAUGAUUCUCACGUCCCACGAACAAAAAUCCAUUUCUUGAAUCCAACUCUAUCUUUUCAAUUCUUUAUUUCUCUCUCAAAGCUUCUUUCAACAACAGCAACAGCAAAAGCAACAGCAAAUCUCUUUUUUCUCUUUUUCUUGUUUUCUUGACCCAUUCAAGAAAAAUAACAAUUUUUUUUUUUUGUUUAUUGUCUUUGUUUUUUAUAAUAUUUCAAGAAACGCCCUUUUCAUUGCCAGCCAUGACUGAGGUGCUCCAUUCUCCUUCCCAUUUCCCUUCAUCGCCAAGCACUAGUCUUGCUUCUAAUUCAUCUUCUUGUGCACUCAAUCCUUCUUCUUCUUCCUUAUCUUGCGUACCCACAAGGCAAAUAUCUUCGAUACAAGGUAAUGGUGGUGGUUGUGGCCGUGGCCAGGAGGCGGAGGAGGGUUCUUCGUUGACUGUGUGUGACCAAGAUGAGGACUUUGUGAAAGAAAGUGCGAAGAAACAUACAGAACAGCUUUCUUUGUUGGCUUUGGUUGUGACUAUAUUUAGGAAAUCUUUGGUGGCUUGUAAAAGUGACAGAAGGGAGCUUUGUGCUAUGGAGAUCGGUUGGCCAACCAAUGUGCGUCAUGUGGCCCAUGUCACCUUUGAUAGGUUCAAUGGGUUUCUUGGCUUGCCUGUGGAGUUCGAGCCGGAAGUUCCCAGGAGGGCCCCCAGUGCUAGCGCAACUGUCUUCGGAGUUUCAACAGAAUCCAUGCAGUUGUCAUACGACUCUAGAGGGAAUAGUGUACCAACAAUACUGUUGCUAAUGCAAAGACACUUAUAUGCACAGGGAGGCUUGCAGGCUGAAGGAAUUUUCAGAAUUAAUGCUGAAAAUAGUCAGGAGGAAUAUGUGAGGGAUCAGUUGAAUAGAGGAGUGGUACCAGAGGGCAUUGACGUACACUGUUUGGCAGGACUUAUCAAGGCUUGGUUUAGAGAGCUGCCAACUGGGGUUCUGGAUCCUUUAUCACCUGAGCAAGUAAUGCAAUGCCAAACAGAAGAUGAUUGUGCCGAGCUUGCAAGGCAUCUACCUCCUACUGAAGCUGCUCUUCUGGAUUGGGCCAUCAACUUGAUGGUUGAUGUUGUCCAGCAAGAACAUGUAAACAAGAUGAAUGCACGUAACAUAGCCAUGGUUUUUGCACCCAACAUGACUCAGAUGGCAGAUCCUUUGACUGCACUAAUGUAUGCGGUUCAAGUGAUGAACUUUCUUAAGACACUGAUCUUAAGGACUCUGCGAGUGAGGGAAGAUUCCUUGGGGGAGCUAACUCCUGCUUCACAUUUUGAGCCGUUUGAUGAGAACGGUCAUGAGAGUCCUUCACAAUCCUGUGCUGAAGCUACUAAAGAAAAUGAAAAGACAGAGCAAACCUUCAUUGCUCAAGAACCUGCUGUUGAAAGUUCCUCCAACUCUAGUCAAAAAAAUGUUAUAAAUGGAGGAGACUGCAACUCUACAAUCUCUGCUGAGAAGUCAAUGGCCAAAUACAAGGCUACUGUUCAGGCUGAUAAAUUUAUGGAAGAAACUGAUGCUGGUGGUCAAGCAAGUCCUGGGAAAAGCAUGGUUGGUCAAUCAAGUAAUUCAAAUGACCGAAAGAGUCCUGGUAAGAUAAAUAGGAAGAAAUCUGGUCUUCGUGUAAUAUCGCCUGUUGAAAAGACUCGGGGACUUAGCAACUUGAGCCGUAUAGAUUCAAGGGCAGAACUUAUUGAAGCUUGGCGAUGAAGGACAUGUUGGACACCAGUGGUUCUAUGAAAAACUGUCUGAAUUUGGAAGUUGAUGUUUGUGAAUUAUUAAUGUAUGUUGUCCUCUGUUUUGUUGGCUGGUUUCUAAUUUCCUUGAUGAUUCCAUAGUUUGAAACUGACCUCUCACUAGAGUGUUACAGCUGCUUUUUUUAACGUUCUUCAAAAAAUGUAAUUUCAUAUUUUUUUUCUAACCCAUCAACACAUAUUAGUUCA